UUUUUCCAUCUAAACCAUACAGCAUAAAUAAACCUAAUUUUCCUCACUUUCCUCUCAAACAUUUCCUAAUUUCAUCCUAAUAAUUACCAGUCUUUAAAUUCUUAGAAACAAUAUUUCCUAGAAGAAAAUAUUUUUUUUGUCAUGUAUUUCUGAAUGAUUUUCUUCCUCUUUGAUUUUUAAUCUGAUAUUACAAAGUUAUUGUUCUUAUUUUGGUAUUGCUUCUUUAAUUUGUUGAAUGCUUUAAGCUUUAGAUUUGGAAAAUUAAAUCUUCUGUCCCAAAAUCUAUAUUAAGUUUGUCAAAAUAAGUAAUAAUCUUCUAGAUAUGGAGUCUACCGGAGAAGUUGUUAGGACAUCCGACGUGAGCGACGGUGGCGUUAUGGUAGUGAGAUCCAACGCGCCGUCGGACUUCCACAUGGCUCCGAGGUCAGAAACUUCAAAUCCACCUCCAGCCUCCGUCGCUCCUCCUCAAAAUUCCUUUGCUCCGACUGCGCCGCCGCCAACAACUGAAGGUUUCUCCAGCGGACCCAUGAAGAAGAAGCGUGGACGUCCUAGGAAGUACGGACACGACGGAGCACCGGUGGCCCUAUCACCGAAUCCGAUAUCUUCAGCCGCACCAACGACCUCUCACGUCAUCGAUUUCUCUGCAUCUGAGAAACGCGGCAAAGUGAAACCAGCAGCAACUCCGAGCUCCUUCAUCAGGACAAAGUACCAAGUCGAGAAUUUAGGCGAAUGGGCUCCUUCCUCGGCCGGGGCUAAUUUCACGCCGCAUAUAAUUACGGUGAACGCAGGCGAGGACGUAACGAAGAAGAUAAUAUCGUUUUCUCAACAAGGGUCUCUCGCUAUUUGCGUUCUCUGCGCAAACGGUGUCGUUUCAAGCGUCACUCUUCGUCAGCCCGAUUCAUCUGGUGGUACAUUGACAUACGAGGGUCGGUUUGAGAUAUUAUCACUGUCGGGAUCAUUCAUGCCAAGUGACUCGGACGGGACACGGAGCAGAACCGGUGGAAUGACUGUGUCGUUAGCUAGUCCUGAUGGACGUGUAGUAGGCGGUGGAGUCGCUGGUUUGUUGGUCGCAGCCACUCCUAUUCAGGUGGUCGUAGGAAGCUUCUUAGCUGGAACGAACCAGCAAGAUCAGAAUCCGAGGAAGCAGAACCACAACUUCGUGUCGUCUCCAAUGCCAACCACUUCGAAUGCAGCUGAUCAUGGAACCAUCCGUCCUACGUCGUCUUCUCACCAGAUCGGUACAUGGACACCAACUUUAGCUUCUGAUCCAAGACACAAGCCCUCUCAUGACAUUAACAUCACUUUAACUUGAUUUCUUCCUCAAAAUAAGUGGUGGAUCCUCUUUAUUUCGGUUUAGACUUCUCUCUCUCAAGGUUUAGGUUUUAUGUUGGUGUGUACUAAAUUAGGUUUGUUUUUCAACUUUUUUUUUUAAUUUGGUUUCUUGCAUUCUUGGAUGUACCAGUAGAAGUUUAAUCUUGUUCCCCAAUCACUUGACCAGCUACACGUUCUUGUUAUCAUAAACCGUAGACAAUCUCUUUCA